AAUACUUAUGUUUGCUUACAUUAAUAACAGAUAUUUAAUUUUCAAAUUUACGAAAAUUAGCUUAAAAUUAAUCUUUAAGUACUUUGCUGUUCAAUUUAUUCAAAAAAAUUAAUUUAUUUUUAAUUUUUCUUUAAACCCGAAUAAUUACUACUCUAAACAUGGAAAAUUCGGGAAUUAUAUCUUCUAAUGUUGGUUCUUUAGAAGAUGAAGCACGUAAACGAAAAGAACGUUUAGCGAAUUUAAAAAAAUCACUGUCCAAUAAAAAUGAAUCGACGAAGAGUGAAGAAAGAAUUGAAAAAUCUCUACCUAAACCAAGAUUUAAAAGUUACGUACCAGAGGAUGAAGUCCUUAAAGAGACACUAAUUCAAACACCUCAACCAGGUAAUAUAGUUGCUGAAGUAGAAGAUCAAUUAAAAGCUGGAGAAACUGUUUUUACUGUUCAAGAAUUGGAUUUGAAUACAUUAGCUCCCAGGAAACCUGAUUGGGAUUUAAAACGAGAUAUUGAAAAACGAAUGGCCAAACUUGAGAGACGAACUCAUAAAGCAAUUGCUGAGUUAAUUCGAGAGCGACUUAAAGGAGAACAAAAUCUUGAUUUAGCUUUGGCUGUUAAUGAAGGUGCCAGAGCAAAUGCUACACUCGAUGUUGAUGAAGAAUAGAACUAAUUUUUGACAAUUUUAGGAAUUUUAUAUUAAUUUUAUAAAAUUAAGUUAAUGAAUAAUUGUGUAAAUAAUAUGUAAAUAAAUACUAUACAUUUAGUUUAUUAAAGAUUAUUAUUAUUAUUUUUAAAUAA